AAGAGACUGAAUUUAUCUUCAACUGUCGGUGCGGAGGCAGAGCAGGCAACCAUUGGCUCUUUUGCUGUCGACUUCUCAUAAAUUUUCGUAUUUUUGAAUGGUUUUCUGGGUAAAAUCGUAUUCUGGAUUUAUAGUUCACUGAUUUACAAGGGAGAUAAAGCAAAACAUCCAAUUCCACCUCUUUCCUUUCUCAACUCGGUGAGUUGGCCUUUCAUACGAUGUUCCGUUUCUUCAGUGGAAGAUUGGCGUUAAAUGAUUGGAGUCAUGUUCUGUUAGACUCAAACAUUACCCUAUUGGGUAUUAUUCAUUUUAAAGAGCUGCUUACAGUCAGGUACUUCUCAUCUAAAUCUAAUCAACACUCUUUUACAGUGUCCUAUCUCGUCAACUCAUGUGGCUUAUCGUCAGAAUCUGCUAAACUUGUUUCAAAGUACGUAAAGUUUGAAAACCCUGAAAGACCAGAUUCUGUCCUUAGUCUUCUCAAAGACCAUGGACUCACCAAAUACCAGAUUUCCCAAAUUGUUAGGAGAGUGCCCAAGUUGAUUUUAUACGAUCCCGAGAAGACAAUAUUGCCAAAGAUUCAAUUUUUACGGUCUGUAGGGGUUUCUGGCCCAGACCUUCCGGUGAUGAUAUCUAGGAAUCCAAUUUUCUUGUCUAGCAGCUUGAACAAUCUUUUGGUCCCAUUUUAUGAUUUUCUUAAAAGUUUGUUAUUUUCUGAUGAGAAAGUGCUUAUUAUAUUGAAACGCAUGUCCGCAUUCAAUAUGUGCUAUGUCAAGGAACACUUGCCUGUCAAUUUAUCAGUCUUAAGGGAGCUCGGAAUGCGUCGGAUGCGUCAAUCUACCAUCUCUAUUUUGAUUACCAGUUGCCCCAACACCUAUGCAGAUCAUUUACGAGAACUAGAUGCAGCUGAAUAUGAGGAAAUUACCAGAGCUCCACGACUAUCUUUCAGCCUUUCUUUGAGAGAAAAUGAAGCAACUGGUUUAGGAAAUGAGGAAGGGAAAGUCCAAGUUUGUGAUGCGGAAAUGUUAGAUGAGCUAACUACUAGCAGAGGGGAGUUCAAAGAACUAUUUAUCCUGAGGGAAUUGCUGAAGAAGAGUGAAACCAAUAUCAACAUGAAGUCGGAGAAAGUGAAACAAAAGAAAAGAAAAGAUUUUGGAGCUGGUAUGGGACUUGAUCCUCUGAAUCUUUCAUUUGCCGAUGCUUUUCGAGUGAUAAUUCAAAUGAAAUCCAAAACAUGGAAGCGAAAAAUUGAUGCUUACAGUGGGUCGGGUUUGUCGGAAGAAGAGAUCUGGUCUGUUAUCAAAAAGCGCCCACUGUGUAUGGGUUGCUCAGAGAAGAUAGAUUUUCUUGUGAACAAAAUGGGUUGGCAGCCUGCAAUUGUUGCAAAACAUCCAGCUGUUUUAUAUUAUAGUUUCGAGAAGAGGGUUGUUCCAAGGUGUUCAGUUUUAAGAGUUUUGAUUCUAAAGGGUUUGAUCAGAGCAGAAAUCAGUUUAGCUUCUAUUCUUGGACAUGUUUGCGAUCAAUUGUCAGUAACCCCAACAUUUAUAUGCCUAAAAUCUGGUAAGUUUAGUGGAGCUGUUAAAAAAGUUAUAGGGAUGGGAUUUGAUCCUCUGAAUAUUUCAUUUGCUGGUGCUCUUCGAGUGAUUAUUCAACUGAAAUCCAAAACAUUGAAACGUAAAGUUGAUGCUUACAGUAGAUUGGGUUUGUCGGAAGAAGAAAUAUUUUCUGCUUUCAGAAACUUUCCUUUGUUUAUGACUUUGUCAGAGAAGACAUUUACGAACAAGAUGGAUUUUCUUGUGAACAAAAUGGGUUGGCAGCCUGCAGUUGUUAUAAAAUUUCCAAUUGUUUUAUGUUAUAGUUUGGAGAAGAGGAUUGUUCCAAGGUGUUCAAUUGUAAGAGUUUUGAUUCUGAAGGGUUUGAUCAAACUAGACAUCAGUUUAAAAUAUAUUCUUCAAUCUUCUGAAAAAAAUUUCUUGGACAUGUUUGUGAGCAAGUAUCAAGAACAAGUGGCUGAAUUCUCGGAUGUUCUCCUGGAGAAAAUUGAAAUUGCUGAACUUGGUUUGAGUUUGAUGAAGAAUCUGGGGGAUUCAGCUAUAAAGCAUAAUGCAAUCUAAGAGCAUCUUCAAUGCAACCAUGGACUGUGGCUGAUGUGUCUUAAUAAAUAGAGUUAUGGAUAAUAAUAUGGUUGAAUGUGUAUUUGUAGAUGUUAGAUUUUAAAAAUAGCUCUCCAAUACAUGAGAAAAAUUCAGUUUCAGCGAAAAAAGAAGUUUGAUCAUAAAUAA